AAAAAAAUAAGAAGCUACUUCCACUUCCUGUGGCGCCCUGUUGUCAAAUGUCCGCAGCGACCAAAAUAAAACAAACAGGCUGUAAAGACUUUGGACAACUCGCUGUUAUCAGUGCAGAGGGGCAUUCUGCUCUUGUGUCUACAGACUACAGCCAUGCUGACUUGUGAGAUAUGUGGUAUGGAGAUACUGUUGGAGGAGGACAUGAAGACGCAUCUCCUUCUUUUCCACCUGGAAAAUGACCAUCAUUGUCCCCUCUGUGGUCUGUCUGGAGUUAGUUAUGAUGAGCUCUGUUUCCACAUCACGUCUGCACAUCCUGAAGAUCAUCAAGGCCAAAGUCCAAAGUCUCCUAAUGGUUCAAAUGCAAGAAAAAAUGAAAGCAAAGAGUCCAAAACCAAUCGGUCACUAAGAUUUGACAGCAGUGCCCUCGCUGAUAAGAGAGACUUGGGGUCAUCUGGACAAAGUGGAACAGAAAAUCUACAUUUAUCACCUGGAGAGAGUGAUGAGUGCACUAAAGACUUAAGAAAGCAGGUUUCUGAAAUCUCAGACCGAAUUAAUCCCAAUGAGAUAGGUGAAUUUCGACAGAUCCAGAAUUCACCAGAAGGAGAGAAGCUGCUCCCCUGUCCCAUGUGCACACUGGUCUACAGUUGUCCCUAUCUCCUGCAGGAACAUGUUGAGCUGCAUCUUUUGGAACAGGAAUCAGACUCGGCGUCAGAGAUGUGUUCACCAGCUGUGACAUCAACCAGCAACCUCUCAGGAACUCCUGGCUGUGACCUAAGGUUGGUGGAAGAGCUUCAGCACCAAGAGGAGCUAAAAAGAAGGCAGGAGGAGGCACGGCUAGAGAGAGAAGAGUUUAAGAAAUUGCAGAGGCAGUAUGGUUUGGAUGGCAGAGGAGGUUACCGUCGACAGAUGGAGAGGUCCAUGGAGAGAGCCGUUGCAAGCGGCCAUCUUGCACCAGCUGAGUUUCAUCUGAAGAGAGCCGAGAUGAUGGAGCGUCUGGCAUCAGGGAUUGAUGAUGGCUCCAGCAGAACUCAGGGUAUUAUCCAAGCAUUAAAGGAUUACUACCAAGCUGAAUGCAGGGACUGUGUCCAUGUGUGGCUGAGUGCUGACACUGACCAUUAUAGCUCUUCUGCUGGUGACACAGGCUGGGGCUGUGGAUACAGAAACUUCCAGAUGCUCCUUUCUUCCCUUCACAGAAUAGAAACGUAUUCUUCAGCUCUGCAAGAAAAGACGGUGCCUUGUAUCCCUCGGGUGCAGAGGAUGAUCCAGGAAGCUUGGAGGGAAGGGCUUGAUCCCCAGGGGGCAUCACACUUCAAUCAUCAGUUGGAGAGAACAGAGGCCUGGAUUGGAGCCACAGAGAUAUACGUCCUCCUCACAUCGCUCGGAUUGAGGGGACGCAUAAUAGACUUCCACCAGCCAACCGGCAGCAGGAAUACCCAUCCUCAGUUGUUUGACUGGGUAAAGAAAUACUUCUGUUCAUCCAGUGUAAGCAACAGACUGUCCCCCCGACUCAUCCUGACCAGCCUACCACCACUUUAUCUGCAACACCAAGGUCACAGCCGAACAGUAGUUGGUUUGGAGCAGAGGAAGAAUGGAAAUCUGUGCCUCCUGCUUUUGGAUCCUGCCUCUUCAGCCUCUGACACCAGAAAGCUGCUGAAUAGAGACACAUGUUGCACGGCCAUUCAGUUCAUCAGAAAGUUUCCCAGAAGCCUAAAGCACAAACAGUACCAGCUUGUAGCAGUGGAAGGUGUGCUGUCAUCUGAGGAGAAAGAGAUGAGAAUCCUCAGCUCCAGGAACUUAUGUGCGGAAAGGAUCCCCUGAACACAAAUUGGUCUUUCCUGUUUUGAAUGCUCCUGUUGCUGGAUGCAUUUUUGUACAUUAAUGAUGUGCUGUGAAAGUUAUUUCCAAUUUUAAAUUUACCAUUAAAUAAACAAUUUUAUUUUUUGUUAA